AUGCUGUUUAGGCGAGCCACAGCCUUGGUAUUGAUCUCGGGCGUCUUUUUGGGUACACUGGUAUUUGCUUUGAGGCGAUUGGAAAUUCAGUGCAUCGACGGAAUCUAUUGCCGCGAAGUAACCCGACCAGAAGAAGGACUCAAUGCGUACGAACAUACGGAUAGUGCUCGGGUGGGCGAUAAGAUGCCGGCUCCCGUGCCAGUAAAGAUAUCCAAUCCUGCCUUGUCAAACAUCUCUGCUGCUUUAGAAAGACCUGGUAGUCCGAAUAGAACGCCCGAGCCCGAGUGCGCGCAGUUUCCCAAUACCUCAAAGAUUCUCCUCGUCAUGAAAACAGGGGCUUCGGAAGCCUUUUCGAAGAUUCCAACUCAGAUCUUGACAAAUCUCAAAUGUCUACCUGAGUUCCUCAUUUUCAGUGACAUGGAGCAAGAAAUUGCUGGCUACAAGAUCCACGAUAGCCUCGACCAGGUUUUGAUGUCGGCAAAGAUGGGUAAUGCAGACUUUAAAAUAUACUAUCGACAACGUCAGUGUGCGGUUGACCAGGACAACUGCAAUAAAGAUUCGGAUGUUGCACAAGAGGGAUGGGAUUUGGACAAGUACAAGAAUAUUCACAUUGCUGAGAAGGCAUUCGGGCUGCGACCCAACUAUGACUGGUACCUCUUUGUUGAUGCCGACACCUAUGUGGUGUGGCCGACAAUGGUGCAAUGGUUGGGCAAACUGGACCACACGGACCAAAUGUACUUUGGCAGUCUUGCAUAUUUGAACGAUUUCCCUUUUGGCCACGGCGGCAGUGGCUAUGUCGUCUCCAGCGCGGCCAUGCGUAACUUCUUCGAGGGUAAGCAUAAUGUGGCCAACCGCUGGGAUGAAGCCACGGUGGGUGAGUGCUGUGGCGACGUCAUGUUUGCAAAAGCAUUAAAGGAGGCUACCGGCAUCGAGGUGAACAAUACGUGGCCAACAGUCAACGGAGAGAAGCCCUUUACAAUUCCAUAUUCCGAGAGAGAAUGGUGCCAGCCAAUUGUUACCAUGCACCAUGCAGGAAGUGAAGAGUUGUCUGAUCUAUACGGCUUUGAACGCAAACGAAAUUUCGCCUUUCCCAUGCGGAUCAAGGACCUCUACCAUGAGUUCGUGGAACCGCAGCUGGCGCCUAUUCGACCGGACUGGGAUAAUAUGAGCGAUGACGUCCUUUAUCUCAAUACCUCGUCAGCUAUAUUCGACGUUGACAGGCAGCUCAGCAAGGCAAAAACGCAAGACUUGUCCGAUCUUGAGAAGACGGCCCACUUGAGCUUUGAGAAAUGUCGUGCAGCCUGCCAAGCCGACAAGGAAUGUCUGCAGUAUAGAUUUCACCAAGGCAUCUGUGGGUUCGGCCGGAGUAUCAUACAUGGACACCCGAAGCCGAAAGAAGUCGACGCGGUCAACAAAUGGAUGAGUGGAUGGGACGUUGACAAGAUCCACGCAUGGGUGCAGAAGCACGACAGCUGUGACGACAAGAUUGACUGGCCCCUGGUCUAG